UUAUCAAUACGCUUUUGAAGCCACACAAGCCAUCAUAAGUCAAAAAACGUUACAAAACUAAAAAUCCUACAAAAUGUACAAAUUGUUUGUUCUUGCUGCCCUCUUCGCCAUUGCUGCUGCACGUCCUGGUUUCAUCGAAUCUCCAGUCGUCUAUUCAGCACCUGCUGCUGUUGCCGUACAUGAACCCGCCUAUGCCAAAGUAGGAGCUGUUGUCAAGAGCAUACCAACUGCCGUCUCUCACCAAAGCCAAUCCAUUGUACACAGCUCCGCACAUGUUGUUGAAGAUGUUGUAGCUCCAGUUGUGAAGACCACAUAUGCUGCACCGGUUGUAAAGACCAUUGCCGCUCCCGUUGUACAAACUUAUGCUGCAGCUCCAAUUGUUAAAUCAUACGCUGCUCCAGUAGUGCACUCUUAUGCUGCACCAAUUGCAACAUAUGCUGCUGCUCCAGUAUUGAAAACCUAUGCCGCCCCAGUAUCAUAUGCUAGUUCACACUUGACCUAUGCAGCUCCUGCUCACUACUCAGCUUGGUAAUUGAACGGAUGUGAAGAACAAAAGAUUUUGUAUAUUUUGAACAAACGAAAUUAAUUAAAAAUUUUGAUGGAACGUU